GUUCAUUUAAUACUUGACGACCGUUAGGACUUGUCGUCAGUAUCAACUAAACAUCCACCAGAGAAGGAUCUGUGAAAUUUCUAUAUUACAUUACAUUCCAUAAAUUAACAAAAUGCGUGAAAUCGUGCAUCUGCAAGCCGGCCAGUGUGGUAACCAGAUCGGUGCUAAGUUUUGGGAGGUGAUCUCUGACGAGCAUGGCGUCGACCCAACCGGCACAUACCACGGCGACUCCGACUUGCAGUUGGAGAGAAUCAACGUUUACUACAAUGAAGCUACCGGAGGCAAAUAUGUACCCCGAGCUGUACUGGUCGACUUGGAGCCAGGCACCAUGGACUCUGUCCGCUCUGGUCCAUUUGGACAGAUCUUCAGACCAGACAACUUUGUCUUCGGACAGAGUGGAGCUGGAAACAACUGGGCCAAGGGUCACUACACCGAGGGGGCUGAGCUGGUAGACUCAGUUUUGGACGUUGUACGCAAGGAGGCUGAGGGCUGUGACUGUUUACAGGGUUUUCAACUCACACAUUCCCUCGGUGGAGGCACUGGCUCAGGCAUGGGAACACUUCUCAUCAGCAAGAUCCGUGAGGAGUACCCAGACCGCAUGAUGUGCACCUUCAGUGUAGUGCCUUCUCCCAAAGUAUCUGACACUGUUGUUGAGCCAUACAACGCUACCCUCUCUGUCCAUCAGCUCGUAGAAAACACUGAUGAGUCCUACUGCAUCGACAACGAAGCUCUGUAUGACAUCUGUUUCCGUACCCUGAAGUUGACCACCCCAACAUAUGGUGAUCUCAACCAUCUUGUGUCCGCUACCAUGAGUGGUGUUACCACUUGCCUGAGGUUCCCUGGUCAACUCAAUGCUGAUCUUCGCAAGCUGGCAGUCAACAUGGUGCCUUUCCCACGUCUCCACUUCUUCAUGCCUGGCUUUGCUCCCCUGACCAGCAGAGGCAGCCAGCAGUACCGUGCCCUAACCGUUCCCGAGCUGACCCAGCAGAUGUUCGAUGCCAAGAACAUGAUGGCUGCUUGCGACCCUCGUCAUGGCCGCUACCUGACUGUUGCUACCCUCUUCCGUGGACGUAUGUCCAUGAAGGAAGUUGAUGAGCAGAUGCUGAACGUGCAGAACAAGAACAGCAGCUACUUCGUGGAAUGGAUCCCUAACAACGUCAAGAUCGCUGUCUGCGACAUCCCACCACGAGGCCUCAAGAUGUCUGCCACCUUCGUCGGCAACAGCACCGCCAUCCAGGAGCUGUUCAAGCGCAUCUCUGAGCAGUUCACUGCUAUGUUCAGGCGCAAGGCUUUCUUGCAUUGGUACACCGGUGAGGGUAUGGAUGAGAUGGAGUUCACUGAGGCCGAGAGCAACAUGAAUGACUUGGUGUCUGAGUACCAGCAGUACCAGGAUGCGACAGCCGAGGAGGAGGGCGAGUUUGAUGAGGAGGAAGAAGGGGAGGAAGAGAACUAAACUUCAACCAAAGACACUCUAAAUUAAUAAACAAAAUUCACUGGACUGAUAACUGCAUUUUUACUUUGUACAUGCUUUCAUCACCCAUACUUCAGAUCUCUAUAAAUAUUUAAGAGGAUGAAGAAAAUUAAUUUUGCGCCCACAUGCUUCGGCGUUGGAUACGCAACCAAGAAACUCAAUCAAACAAACUGGCUCGUUGGACUUAUAUCAUGAGUGAUUUUAUAGCUCCAAUCUAUAUAUUUCAGAUAACGUAUAUACAUGUAUUUCAGAUAACGUACAUAUUUAUAUACGUUAUUUCAGAUAACGUAUAUAAAUAAAGACAUUAACGUUGAUCGUUUUUAUUGCAACAUAUUGAAAUCUACCGCAACUUAUAACUUCAGGUUUUUAACCAAAUAAAAGCAAAUUAAACUAUACAUGUAGUGUGCUGUAACUUUAAAUUAAAGUCAGUACUGCCUCUUUGCCAAAGAGUAUGCUUGAUUCCCCAAUUUUUGCAAACUUUUUUAAAAUGUAUUUACACCCUGGAACAAAUAAGUACAGAAACCAUUAUGUUGUUGACGGCAAUGCAUAUGCGAUAUGCAUCGCGAUUGUUUUAUUUGGAAAAAAUACGGGUGAUAAUGACGGCCAUUGCCUUCUAAUUA